CUGAAGAGGAGGCUGUGGUGCCUGGAACCGAGUUGGGGGGUUUUGGAGGCAGAGAAACUGAGAAGUGGAGAUGGCCUCGUCGAGCCCUGUAGCCCCUUGCUCCUGCGACUGCUUUGUUUCUGUGCCCCCGGCCUCAGCCAUCCCAGCUGUGAUCUUCGCAAAGAACUCGGACCGCCCCCGAGAUGAAGUGCAGGAGGUGGUGUAUAUCCCGGCAGGCACUCACAGCCCCGGGAGCCGGCUCCAGUGCACCUACAUCGAGGUGGAACAGGUGGGGAAGACACGCGCCGUGAUUCUGAGCCGCCCUGCCUGGCUGUGGGGAGCUGAGAUGGGAGCCAACGAAUGUGGUGUGUGCAUUGGCAAUGAAGCAGUGUGGACCAAGGAACCUGUCGGGGAAGGGGAAGCCCUGCUGGGUAUGGAUCUACUCAGGCUGGCUUUGGAACGGAGCAGCACCGCCCAGGAGGCUGUAAAUGUGAUUGCAGGCUUGCUGGAACGCUAUGGGCAGGGGGGCAGCUGCCGGGAGGACCCUGUGCCAUUCUGCUACCACAACACCUUCCUACUGGCAGACCGGACAGAGGCAUGGGUGCUGGAGACAGCUGGCAGGCUGUGGGCUGCUCAGCGGAUCCAGGCGGGUGCUCGGAACAUUUCCAACCAGCUGAGCAUUGGCACAGACAUCUCAGCAGAACACCCAGAGCUCCGUAGCUACGCCAAGGCCCAGGGUUGGUGGACUGGGCGGGGCACCUUUGACUUUGCAGAGAUCUUCUCCCUGAUCCAGCAGCCCGUGCGCAUGGAGGCUGCCAAGGCCCGCUUCCGGGCUGGGUGUGAGCUGCUGCAACAGCAACAAGGGAACAUCACACCAGAGGUGAUGAUGGGCAUCCUCAGGAACAAGGAGAGUGGCAUCUGCAUGGACUCCGGAGGCUUCCGCACCACAGCCAGUAUGGUGUCAGUCCUGCCCCAGGAUCCCAUAAAGCCCUGUGUCCAUUUCCUCACUGCCACACCCGACCCAUCCAGGUCGGUCUUCAAACCUUUCAUCUUUGAAAUGGGGGUGUCCCAGGCCCCCCAGGUGCUGUCCCCCACUUUUGGAGCCCAGGACCCUGUUCGGAUCCUCCCCAGAUUCCAGACUCAGGUGGAUCGCCGACAUUUACUCUAUCGUGGACACCAGGCAGCCCUGCGGUUGAUGGAGAAUGACCAGGAGGAGGGACAGCGGCUCCGGCAGAAGCAGCAGAGCCUGGAGCAGGAAGGCCUGGAGGCUUUGAGAGGACUGCUUGCUGGAGACCAGACCUCACCUCCCCACGGGCUGGGCAGCCUCUUCCCAGCCUUUGUGGAGAGGGAGCAUCAGGCCUAUCCUUAAGCAAUGCAGCACCUCUUGGCCCACUGGGU